AUGCCAUGGGAGUCGAUUCGCACCCUACAUGGCAGCGACGAGGCCGAGAUGCCUCUGGAAACACCUUAUGGCAAAAUCAGUCGCUCAGGGGACGACAUUAUCAGCGUAUCUGAGGAAGAGGAACUGAUUUCGAAAAUUGAAUCGAAAAUAGUAAAAGAAGCAGCAGCUAUGAUACAGCAUCUUGCCUGUGACAUCAAGUUCACACAGCUCUCUGGAUGCUACAAUUGUCCACAGGGUGCUGAUUUUUCAGCUGACUGUAUAUCGAACGCUGAUAGCAUGGUAACAGCCAACUGUGAAUCCCAAAAAUUCACUUUUUCCUGCAAAAUAAUCAGGAAAAACAUUUGGAUACUGCUGAAUUUCCAAAAAUCGCUAAUUAAUGAAAGAUGUUCCGUCUCAGGUGGUGCUAAUGGCAACUUCUUCGUAUUGCAAGGUAAGCUUACCUACCACAUUUCAAAUGGUGAUACCUUAUUCGGACACGACACAUACAUUUUGCCGCUUAGUCAUCAGAGGUUCUCUGAUAUUACCCUGCCUGAUAUAGAACCACUUAUAAGGAUCAUCAACCAUCAUUGGAAAUUCGCGCUAGGAGCCAUAGGUUCAGCAUUAACGUUGGCUAUGCUGACAUAUUUAUUCGGCCCUGUUGUACUAAUUUAUAUAUUGAAAGCACUACUGCAUAUAUUGGCUCGGAAUAAUUAA